AUGGCCUCCGAGGCAGACAAGGCUUACCAGGGCAGCCUGGUGCUCCUCAGCAACCUGUCCCGCCUGACGGAGACCGACAUCAGCUCCUUUGAGGUGAGGGCUUUGUGUCUGUGGGACCUUUUGCUCUUCCUGCCAGCAGCUCAGCCCUUCCCAGUGCUCUGUCCCCAUUGGAGAGCCAUUGGAUAUGCAUCUUCUCACCCUUUUGCCCGUGGUUCCCGGGGAGCACUGGGGAGAUGCUGGGACCCCAUCACGUCUCUGUUUCAGGGGGAGGCAUCCCGGCUGAAGCAGGACGCCAGUGCUCUGUUGAGCCUGGUGGACACCUACAUGGCCCAGUACAAGCAGCUGCAGAGCCGCACGGGGCGCUGGGAGGAGGAAACCAAGGAGCUGCUGCGAAGGCAAGAGGGCGAGAGAGCGAAGCUGACACAGCUGCUGUCCCGAGCCAGCCUCGCCAAGAGCACAGCCUUGCAAGCCAUGAGUGCUGGCAAUGCCACCUUCUACCAGGUGGAACAAAUCCUGAAGAGCCUCAGGGAGUUCAACCUGCAAGCAGGUGACAAGAGGAGGGAAGCUGAAGAUGCCAUGAGGAGGCUGCCCAUUAUCAGCAGCAUGGUCACCAGUGCCAGGGAGAAGACAGACCGAGCCGAAGCAAUCCUGGGCAGCGCUGCUUCCGAAUCCAAGGCAGCCAGCAGCGCUGCAGGGGAAGCAAAGGAGAUCACCAUGGGGAUCCAGGAGGAGAUUGCCCAGCUGAAGGUGGAAGCCAACCAGACGGCCGAUGGUGUCCUCGCCCUGGAGAAGGCAGUGGCCGCCCUGUGGCGCGAGGCCAAGGAAGCAGAUGAUGAAUUUGAGAGGAAGCUCUCAGAGGUUGAGGCGGAUGCUGCUGUGAUACAGGAGACAGCUCAGGAGGCUCAGAGGGUCCAUGACAAGGCUGGCCAGGCAGGGGUGGCCGUGCAGGAGACGCUGAGUACCCUGGAAGAGCUGCUGCGCCUGAUGAACCAGCCUGGCGCUGUGGAUGAGGAUGGCCUGAAGCAGCUUGAGAUGAAUUUUAGCAAAGCCAAAACUAGUAGCAACCAGCUGAAGGCUGAGAUGUCUGAGCUGGAGCAGACAGCCAUGCUGCAGAAGGCCCGGGUGCGGACGCUGGAGAGCAACAUCGAUGAGAUCCUGGCCGAUAUAAAGAACCUAGAGGAUAUCCAGAGGAGUCUUCCUCCAGGCUGCUACAACACAAAAGCCAUUGAAUUGCCAUGAGUAAGCUCUGGAAAGGCUGCAGCACCUGCCAGGCUGAAGGCAGGAGAGCCUCCCCAAAUCUGGCAGGACUGGCUGCGUUUGAUUGUGUUGAACUGAUCCUUACCCUCAAUUUCAGCAUGGCAGAUGAAGCUCAGUGUCAUGCUGAGCCCUGGAGAGUCCCUAAUUUUUCAAAGUGCUCCGUCCCUCGCUUGUGGGAGGAAGAAGAAGCCUGGUUUGUGAAGGUGCUACUGGCUGAAGAACAGCCCAUUCCUACAACAUUUCUCUGAGGUGCAAGUCGACGUUGCUUGGUGUCAGCCUUGGGAGUUGGCAUGGUUUGGAGCCUGAAGUUCAUAACUGAGGGGUUUUCCACCCUCCACCCCCUGUGGAUCCCUUCUCCCGAUCUGGCACACACAGCCUCUGUCCUUACUUUGGACACUACCACCACCACCACCUCCUCCUCAUGUUCUCAGUGAGGUUUUCCUCACCAUCAGUAGCUCAGCGAGCGGCACGAAGAGACAGAUGGGAGAGAUGAGUUUUGAGCUGUGGCGCUGGUGAUGCUUCCUGUGGCAUUCUCCUCCCAGCCUGCCCAUUCCUCACCUUCCUGGGAGUGGUGCUGACGUGGUUUUGCUGUGGCUUAGAGCUCUGGCACUGAUGACCAUUUUCACACAGCUGCAGGUCUUCCACGGUGCUUCUCAGUGAGGUGGUUACUGUUCGCUAAAGAGGAGGGAAAAAGAGCUUCCAGGUGCCUUUGAGCUCACAGUGACAUGCUGGAUGGAGGACGAGGAGAUCCCAGGCUAGCAGGGGCUCCUGAAAUGAAAAGUCUUUCCUGCUUUACCUGCUCCCUUCAACCAGGAGGAGUAUCCCUAUUCUUUCUCCCACACUUCGCAAGUCCCAAAGCCCCUGAGGGGUGGCUUUCCUGUCAAAGCUCCUCCUGGGCAAACACAGGUCUCCUUACCACCUCCUUACAUGCUCAAGCACAACCUUUCCUUACAAGACUGGUCCCUGUGGUACCAGGCAGCUUCCUGGGUGUCCCAGAGGCCAGGAGAAGGAGGAUGAUGUCUCCAGGACUCUGCAGGAAUGGGGGCUUUCUCUAGGGGUCUGCAGCCGUGAGCUCUUGUGUCUGAGAGCCCUGUCCCAUCCCGCUGCAGUGUCUGCACCCCGAUUUGAUCGGUGUAAAAAUAUUGAAGAUGUCUUGAAUGUGUUUCAACCUCUGUUUUUGGUGCUGCCUAUCCCCCCCCCCCCCCUCCUGCGUGGUGCUGGAUGUUUCUCAGAGGCUCAGGUAGUUCUCCACAGGGGUUUCCCGUUGUACAUCUGAGCAGAGCUCAGUGGGGCCAAAGACCCCAGUGCUCCCUUCAUCACCUGUGGCUUUCCUGCGGGUCCAGAUCCAUUUUGACACCACUCCCACCUUCCUUUAGAUGCAGGGGAAAAAUAUUGCUGCCACAUGCUGUAAGUCAGCUCUGCUGAAGCCCCUGGCCUGUGUGGUGGUAAAAGAGGAGGUCCUGAAUGAUGGAGGAGGACUCUGUGGGGACUCAGCCCUCCUUAUUUCUGAUUCUCUGAUGAAGCAGCAUCUGUGCUUUUGCUUAAUGAUAUACCAAGUAUUAUGUGUGCCUUACACUUUUAUUUAAGUGAGAUGUACUCUAGCCCCCGGCAUGUCUUCCUUCUUCUGUUGUACUGCAUAGGGACAGGUAUUAUGGACCUGGCUAUUUUUCCAUGAGUUGGGUUUUUUGAAAGGGAGGAGGUCAAUAAAUGAUGAAUACUUUUGGCUGGA